GUAAAGUUCGUCCUUGAAGACAGACUCUGUGACAACAAUUUAGUUUGAUUCUAACAGUACUCUGAAGGCAUAUGGUUGUAUGCACAUAGACUUUGAAGAGAGAAAUCCAAGUGCGUUUGGAUUAAAUUGUUAGAUUUGGGCAGUUUUAAAUCUAAAACAUCUGACAACGAUUGUUGCAUUGGUGUCAUGAAUGCAUCAGCCUGCAAAUGUUGUCAUGAUGUGAAUGUCAUGAUGUGAAUGUCAUGAUGUGAAUGUGUUGUUCAUGACAGGCUCCGGACACAAUGUGAACCUGAUUUCCAAGCGCGUCUGUUUCGCCGCUCGCUCGUGAGCGACUCUCGACAUGACAUGAAGCGGUGUGAACUCGCCCCACGAAAUCAUUACGAUCACCGGCAUCUGUCGCGUCACGUUUCACUUUAAUCGUUGUUUCACACAGCCGGACGGAUGAUGCGUUCAGACGCAAUGGACGCGCGGACGGGAAGCGCGUUUCUUUUGACGCUUUUCACCACUUUCUGCGGCGUUGUCCACUCGACGUACGGACCGUGGAAGACGAGUUUUCACGCCAGUCGUGGGAAUCAUGUGGAAGAAGGGCGAUCCUCUCAGCCUCACAUUAUCUUUAUUAUGGUGGAUGACCAAGGGUUUCGAGACGUGGGGUAUCACGGCUCCGAGAUAAAGACCCCGACACUGGACAGACUGGCCGCGACGGGAGUCAAACUGGAAAACUAUUACGUUCAGCCGCUGUGCAGCCCGUCCAGGAGCCAGCUGAUGACCGGCAGAUACCAAAUCCAUACCGGUCUCCAGCACUCCAUCAUUCGACCUAGCCAACCCAACUGUCUACCUCUGGAGAACGUCACGCUUCCUCAAAAACUGAAGAGCGCUGGAUACUCCACUCACAUGGUUGGAAAAUGGCAUCUUGGGUUCUACAAGCGUGGCUGUAUGCCCACGCAGCGAGGCUUUGACACCUUCUUCGGAUCCUUGUUGGGUAGCGGCGACUACUACACCCAUUACAAAUGUGACGGUCCGGGAUUGUGCGGGUACGAUCUUCACGAAGGCGAGGAGGCUGCCUGGGAGCAGGACCAAGGCGUCUAUUCCACCACCAUGUACACGCAGAAGGCCGUAAACAUCCUGGAAUCCCACGAUCCCAAACGUCCCAUCUUCCUCUACUUGGCCUACCAGGCGGUACACUCGCCCCUGCAGGUCCCCGCUCGCUUCCUUAAACGCUACAAGUCGAUACCGAACCUGCACCGUCGCAAGUAUGCGGCCAUGGUCAGCUGCUUGGACGAGGCGGUACGCAAUAUAUCUCACGCUCUGAAACACUUCGGCUAUUACGACAACACAGUUCUGGUUUACUCUUCGGAUAAUGGUGGUCAGCCGAUGGCGGGAGGCAGCAAUUGGCCGCUGAGAGGAAGUAAAGGAUCCUACUGGGAAGGUGGGAUACGUGCGGUUGGGUUUGUUCACAGCCCACUGUUGGUCAAGAAGGGAACUACAAGCCGGGCUCUGAUGCACAUCACUGACUGGUACCCAACACUGGUGACGCUCGGAGAAGGGACACUGGAUGAGAACCAGAAUCUGGAUGGGUACGAUGUGUGGGAAGCCAUCAGCGAAGGGCGUCCGUCUCCUCGACCGGAUAUUCUUCACAACAUAGACCCUGUCUACAUCAAAGCCAAGAACGGCUCCUGGAAGGCGGGAUUCGGAAUCUGGAACACGGCCGUGCAGGCGGCACUUCGUGUGGGCGAUUGGAAGCUCUUGACGGGUGUGCCGGGAUACAGCGACUGGAUUCCGCCGCAGACCUUUUCCACACUGUUGCUGGCCAACCGCUGGCACAAGGAGCGCAUAAGUUGGCAACGGGGCAAAUCUAUAUGGCUGUUCAACAUCACCGCUGAUCCGUACGAGCGGGUGGACCUUUCUAGACGCUACCCACAUGUGGUUAAGAUGAUGCUGUUCAGACUUCUGCAGUACAACAAGACGGCGGUGCCGUGCCGCUAUCCGCCCAAAGACUAUCGCUCCAAUCCUCAGUACAACGGCGGGGUUUGGGGUCCCUGGUACACGGAUGGCGAUGAAGAGGAGGAUAAUAAUCUGCUCCCGUAUGAUUUAGAAAAGAGUUGGAAGAAAGCGAAACGAAGAGGGAAAUUGAAAAGAGAAUCCUGAGGUUUGGAUCAUGGUGCCUGUGUGAACUCAGGGAGUUUUAAUGUUCACUGAUGAUCUGCAUAGAUUUACCUCCGAUUUCACGAGAGCAAUUUAAUUGUAUGAAUGUGCAGAAACAGCUGUAAGUUAUCUACACAAGGAGUGUAAACACUGUGACUCUGCCGCUUUCAACAUUACUCUGAGAGCUUGUGCAGUCUGAUACUGUAUAUAAACAUGACGCAACCGAUGGUGUAAAUUUGGGGGAAGAUUACCAGUUUGUCCAAACAGUGGAAGACAGAAGAUGUGGCACAGACAUGUCAGACCUUCCAAGACAAGAAUUGAGAAAUGACAACGAUGCUUUACACAUCCAGGAGAAAAAACACUGGAAUUCAUUGAAAUCAGACUUCGUUGAUGGUGCUUUUUUGAAUUUUAUAGAUGAUGAGAAACAAUUUUAACCUCAGAAAAAGCAAAGCACAUAUACUGUAUUUAACAGUGUAUUUGAUCAUUUUUGUGAUCUCAGUCUUUAGAUGGUUAUGUUUGGUGUUUGUUUUGACUGUUCUGAUGUCAGCUCAUUUUGAAUGCAAGACUAAUACACACUUUUCACUUUUGCUGUCCGGUACAUUUUCAGUUCGGUUUUGUUAUACAGAACCUGGUACUAAUAAGACGGACGUGCAUUCAAUCAUAUCUAAAUACACUAACGUACUUACAGACUGACAGUUUUUCUUCAGUUGAUAUAGUUUGAAUCCAUUAAAAAGGACAUUUCUAUAAAGCAUUUGUACCACGAGAGACUUUACACUUACACUGUGAUGUCAGAUUGAUAAACCUCCUCAAAGAUUUGACAUUUGACCAGAGAUUUUUUUGGGGUGAAAUAUUUGUCGUAUUUGAAUUAUGUUUUGAUUUUACAGUCAUUUAACACCACUAGAAGAUAUUUGCACUAGAAUCAAGGUUUAAAGGCUGGAUGACAUUACAAUGAUAACUAUAUAUUAAGUUAACUUUUUAUAUUAUUACCACACGCAGCUAAUAACAAUAAUGUUAUGUUAAUCAAAUCUAAUCUCAAUUCAAUUUUACAUUUUGAAUGUGCAAGCCCCUCAAAUUUGAAUGGAUAUUAAUUGGUUGUCAACGUUUGAUUGAUUAUCCGCUGAAAAAUAACACUCUGAAAGUGAUCCCAGCAUUAUGGUUCCUAUAGUUUUUGCUAU